AUGAGCUUCCUUCUAAGAAAAACAAUCAAAUCAAACUCCACUCUCCAAUCUUUCAGGCCAAACAACACCCUCCCUUUAUUCCUUCACCAAGACACAAAACACUUCUCCACCGAAACCCAACCGCCACCACAAGAGAAUAACGAUACAUCCUCAAUCGAUCCGUUUCUUCAAAGCUCAAACACUAGUUUGGCGUAUGCAAGAUUUUAUGGUGUAAGGAAGCAUACAAUGAAGACUGACAUUAUUAAUUUAUUCGAAGGCUCUAAUUUGACACAUGAUAAUAUCAGAUUCAUUCACAACCGCUCCUACAUUCCCUUCGCCGCAGGAGCAUAUGAUAAUGCUCAGAAGGCACUUACGAGGGCAGGCCGACUAUACAGAAUGGAGAAGACCGAACCUCAUGUGUGGGAUGCUGCACUUCGAAAUUGUUAUGAUGGAAAAACUGUUUUACUGGAAGGACUCCCUCCAAAUGCACUUACUGAUGAUAUAGAGCGCUUUCUUUCUGGCUUAGAAUUUCUUCCAUCCUCCAUUAAGACAUUUGCAAGGCGUCAAGAUCCCAUUAAUUCUCAAGGAAGAAAAGAUCUCACCACUUCUGAAGGAAAAAGAGAUGCCACUACAUCCGAAGAAAAAGAAAAUCUUAAUGCUUCCGAAGAAAAAAAGAUCUCAUUAGAAUGGCUAUUGUACGCUUUUCCACACGUACUGAGGCGAUGA